AUGCCACAUCAUCGACAGGCUGUCCUGGGCCUGCUGCUGCUCUCCCUUGCGCUGCAGCUGCAGUCCAUCCAAGCGGAUGUCGGCUACCACUACGACAGACCCUCGCAUCAGUCGGCACCGUCUGCUCCGUCGGCACCUGGCGCCAUCUACUCGGGUCAUCAGUUUGGCGCCUUGCCCACGAUCCAUCCGCUGCCACCGCUACCGGCGCUGCCGCCGCUACCCACCGCUAGAGUGCCGCUACCCAGGAUUCGACCCACUGCGCCCGCUGGCAGCAUUGUGAGCCACUACCUGCCGCCGAAACCUGCGGGACCCAUUGUCUCCACCUACCUGCCGCCGCCUGUGGCGUCGCCCAUCUCCUCCAUCAGCUUUCAUGGCCAGGCACCCACUCUGAGGCCCGUCUACGGUGCACCCGGCUUCGGUUACGCGCAGCCUCUGGCACCCACCGCUGCCACGCCCAUCGUGGUGCCCAGUGGGCCGGGACAAGUGCCUGCGGGAGGACCUCUGCGCAUUCCCUUCGGCAAGCAGGCAUUGAUCUCGCCCGGGGAGUCCUACGUGGCCAAUGGCAGGCAGCUCAAGCAGUACGCCGUCAUUGAGAUCAUCGACAACGACAUCGACGAGUCCCCGGCUCCGUUUCUGUCCAGCUCCAGCUUCUUCGAUCGCUAUGGAGCACACUUGGGUGCAGCCUCCGCUUCCAGCAAUGGCAUUCAACUGGACUCGCGUGCCAACUCCUUGCUGCUCGAACAGCAAUCCCUCUCCAUCCAGCCGCGCUCCCAGGGUCAGGGCCAGGGCCAGGGCCAGGGAGAUGCCAUCGCACUGGGUUCCGGGGGACUGGGCUUCGUGCGCCUGGCCAAUGGCAAUGUGUACUUGGGCUCCGGCUCCUUGGGCUACAUCAGCGGCCAGCAGCGCGUGGCCUCUGUGCUGGAUGCCCGCACUCGAUCCGAGACCACGCCCGACGCCCUGCACUUUGGCCACGGUCCGUUGGGGGGAGCAGGGAACUUCCUGAGGUUCAAGUAGAGGCUGUUGAGGGUUCCCUAUUCCCUUAUAACACACACACACGCACUCACAUAUAUAUAAUUUUAUGUGUAUCUUAUUGUAAAUAUGUAAAGUUCGCUCUCUUCGUUUAGAUUGUAAGAUUGCCGAAGUUAUUUGAGAUUCUUGUACAUUUUCCUAUGCAAAACAUCGAAACUUGAUCAAAUAAACACACAUCUAUUUUUAAUAA